CGAAGAGAAAAAGAGGAGUCUAGUUUAUACGUACGUACAAUCUAAUCCAAUAAAAUCAUCGUUAUCGUUUUCAUUGUCAUAGCAAUUAUAAUAAUGAAAACACAAGAUUAUCAUGAAUUCUCUGCUAUGAUAUUCUGAUCAUCGUCCCGCGAAAAUCGAUUUGUGUAGCAGGCAAAGAGAAGAGGAGAAACGAAUUGGAAGGGAAAGAGGAAAGAAAAGAAGAUGUACGUUCAGGCGGUACCAACGACGGAUGUGAACAGGAACACGGAGUGGUUCACGUAUCCAGGCGUGUGGACCACCUACAUCCUCAUUCUCUUCUUCUCGUGGCUUAUUGUCCUUUGCAUCUUUGGUUGCUCCCCUGGCAUGGCCUGGACCAUCGUUCACCUCUCCCAUUUUAUUGUUACCUAUCAGUGUUUUCAUUGGAAGAAGGGGACACCUUUUGCUGAUGAUCAAGGCAUCUACAAUGGGUUGACUUGGUGGGAGCAGAUUGACAAUGGCAAGCAGCUGACUCGUAACAGAAAGUUUCUGACUGUUGUACCAGUUGUUCUGUACUUGAUCGCAUCACACACAACAGACUAUGAGAACCCAAUGCUCUUUUUGAACACUUUGGCAGUUUUUAUACUGGUGGUUGCGAAGUUCCCACACAUGCACAAGGUCCGAAUAUUUGGAAUCAAUGCUGAUCACUAAACUGCCAAGGAAGCUGAGUUUGGCUUAAUCUAGUUCCUAGGGUUGAUUGAUAAUUUUGGCAUUUGUUAUGCCCCUGUACAGAAUAAUUAAACUGGAAAGGGUGUUAUUAUAUAUUUUCUUUCUUUUAUUAAGUGAAUACAAAUACCUCCCUUUGUUGCAUAGAGGGAAAAAUGUGCAUUUUGUUUUCAAUUUCCAUUGGUUAUCAACGUUGCUGGCUUUUGUUUAUUAAUAUCUUUUUCAAUGAGAAGGUAGAAGAACCUUUUGUAA